AUGACUAACUGUGCAAUUUUACCAUCAGAUGGCACCUCUUUGUCUAUUGCCAAUGAGCAAGUUACCACCUUGGUUUCCGAUCUUAAUCCAAUAAGACCAAAGGAGAUCCCCCAGGCCAUAAGUAGGCCUGCAGAAAUAGAGUCUGAAGAGGAUGAAGAAGAGGAUGAUGAUGAACAUUUAUUGGAUGAUAUCUAUGAAGAGUCUCAGGAUUCGGUGGAUGUUGCUAAUACUGCUAUUGCUACAACAUCCGCAGGUACCAAUUCCAUUUCAGGAGCAGCAUCAAAUACAUCCACAACAAUUGCCACUCCAUCAACAAUAGCUACUUCUGCUCCAGCUAACUCCGCAUCAGCUGUAGUUGGUAGUGUUGAUCCUGAUCAAAGCGCUGAUUCCAAGACUUGGCGUGGUCGUCCAUCAUCCUGUGUUUUUGUUGCAUCAUUAGCGGCUUCCUUGACUGAUGACGAUUUAUGCGUUUCAGUAACUGAGGCAUUCAAAAAAUAUGGUGAAUUAUCGAUGGUCAAGGUCUUAAGAGACCCUUCUAAUAGACCAUAUGCAUUUGUUCAAUACACCAAUGAUAUUGAUGCCAAGCGGGCGUUGAAACAAGCUCAGGGAACAUUAUUGAAUGGUAGAACUAUUCGGUGUGAAAAGGCGAAGGUGAACCGCACCUUAUUCAUUUCAACACGUAAUAGGAAAACCCCUGAGGUUACUUCCGAAGAAAUAGUACAGUUGUGUUCGUCUUUCGGUGAAUUAGAGCAAUUGGUUGCCAGUAGGGAAUAUGCUUUUAAGAAGAACUACUACCCAAUUGACAGAUCUUCCGCCUGGUUUGUUCAAUUUGCCUACCGUGAUGACGCUAUCAGAGCCUUCAUUAACUUGAAACCCGGCUACGACUGGACAGUGGAAUGGGCCCAGAAUAUUGAAGUCCCAAGAAGAUUAAACUUGUUGAAGAAAAACAGGCUUAAAGGUGGGACUGCUACAUCCAACGCCUCCAAUAACUCCAAUGCAACCCCUAACUUAAACAGUACUAAUGAAAAUGCCGCUACUUCAAAAUCUGGUGAUGCGGAGCCAGAGGAAGAAGAAGAGGAAUACGACGUUGAGGAUGAGGGUGAAGAAGAGGAAGAAGUUAUGGAUCCAAUUGUUAUUGAUAAGAAGUCCAUUUUCGUGAGUCAAUUAGAUCCAAGCGUUACAAAAGAGAAACUAGCGCAGAGAUUCUUAAAGCAUGGUAAAGUGGAAGACAUCAACUUGAUAUCUAAAGAUAAUAAUACCAAGGUUUUUGCCUUCAUCAAAUACGAAACAGAAGAGGCAACUGCCACAGCAUUGGAAAGAGAGAAUCAUGCCAGUUUUUUGAAUAGAACAAUGCAUGUUCAAUAUAGGGAAGUUGGUGGACAUAGAUCAAGGCGGUAUCAAGGCCAAAGGAGGAAUAAUUACCGCCAUAAUUUACACCAUGUUCACAGUCCAAGAUUGAGUUUGGCUCCACCACCAAUUAAUAUUGGAAGAAGAGCAAGUACUGGGACUUUCCAGACAUUACCUUAUUCACCAUAUCAAUACUUCCCUCCUCCAAAGUCUAACAACAACUUUUUGAAAGACAAGAGGCAUAAAAGCUUUGCAAUGACAUGCGGCGCUGGUUCUCGCACAAACGAGGGAGGGGACGGUUCCGAGUUUGGAUUUAAUCUUGAAACAUCAUCAGAACUUUCUGGAUCCGCCGGUAAUGAUGAUGGAGCAUCCACCUACGCUACAACCAAUUAUAAUGGAUCAUCUGCUGGUGCUGCGACUGUUAAUACGAAGGGUACCAACACUGUGAGAAGGAAGAAUUCCGGUAAGAAACGUUACUAUAAUGGGCACAAUAAUAAUGGCAGUAACACAAAUAUGCACAUGCACGGAUUUGAUCCCUACUAUUAUCAGCCUCCGUACUAUUACCCAAUGGAUUACUCCAUGCCACCACCACCGCCAGGUUCAAAUGCAAACCAGCCAUUCUACUUUUAUUAUCCGAUACCUCCGCCACCAAAUGGUUCAAUGAAUGGCAGUAUGCCAAUGAACCCCGUUCCUGGAUUAAUGCCGCCCAUGUUAGACCAACCAUAUAUGCCAAUUGAUAUGGGACAAGAUCCAGCAAAUGGCAAUGGAAAUGAAGUACCUCAAUCUUUAGACUAUUAA